AUAAAUAAAAUAAAUACUAUAAUUUAAUAGAAAGUAAGAGUUAUUAAUCAAAAGUAGAGCUAAAGUAGAUACCGAGAAAAGAAAUAUGUGUAGUGAAUUUUUAACCCUUGUCCUCUACAGAGAAGAAAAACACCUUUGAAUUCGUCAACAAUUUGCUUAACCAUUGAAGGUGGAAAAAUAACUUGCUUUUGAGAACACACUCUAUAUUACUAAGUGAUUAUUAGAAAUCCAAAAUCAAUACGAAUAAUUAAAUUUUAAAACAAAAGAAAAAUAAGCAUCCUUCGUAUUACCUUAUUUCAUCUUCUUCCUUUUAGUCUUCUAACUAAUACAGACUUUGUUGCAAUUCCAUUUUAUGCUAUUUAUUUUCCUUCGGAUGAAAAUUGGUCUUUGAAGAGAAAGACUCAAUUUUGACUGAAGACAGAAACAUGUCUAAGACAGGUGUUAAUCUCGCAACAAAGAGGAGCUGCAUGCCAAACAGAUUUCAACUUCCUUGCCACGUCUCAAGCCAGAUGGUUCCAUUUAUAGACAAACUGUGCCUCUUUGCAGAGGAAAAAAGGUAGCCUUAUUCAUUUAAAAGAAAAAAAGCUUGGUUGAAACUAAAACUAAGCAGAGAGCACCGCUUGCUUGUUAAAUCUCAGUUGAAUGUUCCAUAAAAGUGCCACGUGUCUGCAUAAGACAUUUUUUAUAUAUAAAGGUAUAGAUUGUCUUACUUUUUAUUGGGUUGUUUUGGAUCAUAAGCAAGCAAGUCGGUUCAAAGACAGCCAUGGGAAGGUCUAUUCUGCAACACCCACCUCUGCCAAAGCUCAUCUGAAUCUUCUAAUGGAUCCUCCCCUACAGUGCUUCUUUAGCAUAUGCUGCACCCUUUUUGCCCUUUUCAGUUGCAUAUACUUUUAUCAGUCUUCAAAGAAACCAAGCAGAAGCUGCAGUGCUCCACAAGCCGGUGGUGCUUUACCUAUCAUUGGUCACAUGCACCUCUUUGGUGGUCAGCAGCUCACACACAAAACCUUAGGUGGCAUGGCUGACAAAUACGGACCUGUCUUCUCCUUAAGGCUAGGAUCACACGAAGUGUUGGUUUUAAAUAGUUCGGAAAUGGCCAAAGAAUGUUUCACUGUCCAUGAUAAAGUUUUCUCCACUAGACCAAUCAUUACUGCUUCAAAGAUUCUAGGCUAUGAUUUUGCUAUGUUCGGGUUUGCUCCUUAUGGACCUUACUGGCGUGAGAUUCGCAAGAUAACUACGAUUGAGCUUCUAUCUAACCACCGGAUUGAUAUGCUCAAACAUAUACGAGUUUCAGAGGUAAAGAGUGCAAUAAGAGAAUUGUACAAGUCAUGGCUUAGCAAAGGUAAUGGAGGAAGUGGAGUAUCCGUGGAUAUGAAGCAGUGGUUUGGGGAUCUAACUCAUAAUAUUGCUUUGAGAAUGGUUGGGGGAAAAAGAUACUUCGGACCAAACGCUGAUUGUGAGGAAGCUGAAGCACGAAGAUGCGAGAAAGUAAUGAGAGAUUUUGUUCAUCUGUUCGGAGUGUUCGUGUUGUCUGAUGCAAUACCAUUUCUUAGAUGGUUGGAUUUCCUAGGAUAUGAGAAAGCCAUGAAAAGAACAGCAAAAGAAUUGGACAGUAUUGUAGGAGGGUGGCUGGAGGAGCAUAAACAAAAGAGGCUCAUGUGUGGAGGGGUGAUAAAAGAGCAGGAUUUCAUGGAUGUGAUGCUCAACAUCCUGGAAGACGCCAACAUUACUUGUUACGACGCCGAUACAAUCAACAAGGCUACUUGCUUGAAUUUAGUCUUAGCAGGGAGUGACACAACCAUGGUCACUCUCACUUGGGCCUUGUCUUUGCUAUUAAAUAAUCCGCACGUGCUAAAAAGGGCCCAGGAUGAGCUAGACAUGCACGUCGGCAAGCACAGACUGUUGGAAGAAUCUGAUGUUAGAAACAUGGUCUACCUUCAAGCCAUUGUCAAGGAAACAUUGCGCUUAUACCCACCAGAGCCAGUCAUUAGCCUUCGGGCUGCAUCGGAAGAUUGCACUCUCUCAACAGGCUACCGCAUUCCAUCUGGUACACGACUGAUGGUAAAUGCCUGGAAGAUUCAACGUGACGAGCGUGUAUGGCCAGAACCCCAUGAUUUUCAGCCCGAGAGAUUUUUGACCACCAAUAAGGAUAUGGAUUUUCAAGGCCAAACUUUUGAACUCAUCCCAUUUGGCUCAGGACGAAGAUCGUGCCCUGGGGUGUCACUAGCCCUCAAGAUGCUGCACUUUAUCUUGGGCAGCUUCUUGCACAGUUUCAAAGUUGCGAAAUUAUCAGAGCUGGAAGAUGUAGAUAUGACGGAAAGCCCUGGGUUAACAAAUCCAAAAGCAACACCUCUUGAGGUUCUCAUCACUCCACGUCUUGAUUCGAAGUUCUUUGAGAUAUAGGCAAAGAAUUCAUAUAUUUAGCUGGAAGAAAAAGUAUACACUGUGUGACUACUAUGGUGGAAUAGAUGCGUGUUUCAAGCGUCCCGUUUACCAAACAAGACGUCGAGAGUUUCACUUAACCAUUCCCCUCCUGCAGCCAAAGUGAUAGCGGCUGUAGCAUCCACCGGUAAUGUGUGGAAGAGGGUAAGCUUUCUAUGUGGAUAGGACGUAUCAACACCUUUUGCAUCUUUUAAUUUUAAAGGAAAUAUCUAAAAAUAAUAAUAUUGUGUUGGGUCCUGAGGACCAGGAUGGCCGAAGAUCAAAAAUAAAAACCUAAAUGUGCCGUCCUUUGUUAGUUUUGUUAUUAAAAUGGUUGAUUUGGUUGCUAAACAAGAAGUUACAAUAAUAACUCUUUUUGCUUUUAUUUUUU